UUCAAUGAAAUGUUUAUCUGUAAGGACUGUAGAAGCGGCAAAGAGAAAAUGGAAUCACAAAGUCGGAAGGGAUCCUACUCCUUGGUCUCUUCUCGGAUGUUUUUCACGAACAGAGAUGUCUGGCACUGUGGCGGAUAUUUCCAUGGUGCACUGGAAGCAGCAGUGGCUGGAGAAUGGCACCCUGUAUUUCCACGUCUCCAUGAGCAGUGCUGAGCAGCUGUCCCGGGCCACCCCGCCCACCCUUCAAGAGCCUUCGGAGAUCGUGGAGGAGCAGAUGCACAUUCUUCACAUUUCUGUCAUGGGUGGCCUGAUCGCUCUGCUCCUGCUCCUGCUGGUGUUCACGGUGGCGCUGUAUGCCCAGCGGCGAUGGCACAAGCGCCGCCGGAUCCCCCAGAAAAGUGCCAGCACUGAAGCCACCCACGAGAUCCACUACAUCCCCUCAGUGCUGCUGGGUGCGCAGGCCCGAGAGAGCUUCCGCAACUCGCGCCUGCAGGCUCACAACUCCGUCAUCGGCAUGCCCAUCCGCGAGACGCCCAUCCUGGACGACUACGACUUCGAGGACGAGGACGAAGUCCCGCAGCGGGCGGAGCCUGGCACCAGGGAGGACGAGUUCGGCAGCCAGGUGACGCGGACGCUGGAGAGCCUGGGCAGGGGCGGGGAGGAGAAGCCUGAAUACGAGAAGAAAGCUGCUGAGGCGACGCAGGAGACGGUGGAGUCCUUGAUGCAGAAGUUCAAGGAGAGUUUCCGCACCAACACGCCUAUUGAGAUCGGCCAGCUCCAGCCAGCCCUGCGCAACACGUCGAUGGGGAGGCGGAAACGCAGGAGCAGACCCCGAGGUGGAAUUGGGUUUGGACGUGCCAAGGGAAACUCUGGCUCAGAGGCAGAUGACGAAACCCAGCUGACCUUCUAUACCGAGCAGUAUAGAAGCCGGAGACGGAGCAAAGGCUCUCUGAAGAGUCCAGUGAACAAGACGGCCCUGACGCUGAUUGCAGUCAGCUCCUGCAUCCUGGCCAUGGUGUGUGGCACACAGCUCUCCUGCCCGUUGACAGUGAAGGUCACUCUUCAUGUGCCCGAGCACUUCAUUGCGGACGGAAGCAGUUUUGUUGUGAGCGAGGGAAGCUACCUGGACAUCUCUGACUGGUUAAAUCCAGCCAAGCUCUCCCUUUACUAUCAGAUUAACGCCACCUCCCCCUGGGUGAGAGAUCUCUGUGGGCAGAGGACUACGGAUGCCUGUGAGCAGCUGUGUGAUCCAGAGACUGGUGAGUGCAGCUGUCAUGAAGGCUACGCCCCUGACCCAGUGCAUCGGCAUCUGUGCGUGCGCAGUGACUGGGGGCACAGUGAAGGGCCUUGGCCCUACACAACGCUGGAACGGGGCUACGACUUGGUCACAGGAGAGCAAGCGCCAGAGAAGAUACUCAGGUCCACGUAUAGUUUGGGUCAGGGCCUCUGGCUACCGGUCAGUAAGAGCUUUGUGGUGCCACCUGUGGAGCUUUCCAUCAAUCCUCUUGCCAGCUGCAAGACAGACGUCCUGGUGACGGAAGACCCGGCAGACGUCAGGGAAGAAGCGAUGUUGUCCACCUACUUCGAAACCAUCAAUGACCUGCUCUCUUCCUUUGGGCCGGUCCGAGACUGCUCACGCAACAACGGUGGCUGCACCCGUAACUUCAAGUGUGUGUCGGACCGCAAAGUGGACUCCACAGGCUGUGUGUGCCCACCGGAGCUGAGGCCGAUGAAGGACGGCACUGGCUGCUACGACUAUUCCAAGGGGAUUGACUGUUCGGAUGGCUUCAAUGGUGGCUGUGAGCAGCUGUGCCUCCAGCAGACCCUUCCCCUGCCCUAUGACCCCUCCUCCAGCACCAUCUUCAUGUUCUGCGGCUGUGUCGAGGAAUACAAACUCGCUCCAGAUGGCAAAUCCUGUCUCAUGUUGUCUGACAUCUGCGAGGGCCCCAAGUGCUUGAAGCCGGACACCAAAUUCAACGACACCCUCUUUGGUGAGAUGCUGCAUGGUUACAACAACAGGACCCAGCAUGUCAACCAAGGCCAGGUGUUCCAGAUGACUUUCAGGGAGAAUAACUUCAUCAAGGACUUCCCCCAGCUGGCCGACGCGCUGAUCGUGAUUCCGCUGCCCGUGGAGGAGCAGUGCCGCGGCGUCCUCUCUGAGCCCCUGCCUGACCUCCAGCUGCUCACUGGAGACAUCAGGUACGACGAGGCAAUGGGCUACCCCAUGGUGCAGCACUGGAGGGUCAGAAGCAACCUGUACAAAGUGAAGCUCAGCACCAUCACCCACUCUGCAGGAUUUGCAAAUGUGCUGAAGAUCCUAAGCAAGGAGAGCAGCCGGGAGGAGCUGCUGUCGUUCGUGCAGCAGUUCGGCUCUCACUACAUCGAAGAGGCGCUGUAUGGGUCAGAGUUCAGCUGCACCAUCCACUUCCCCAGCAAGAAGGUCCAACAGCAGCUUUGGCUGCAGUACCAGAAAGAAACCACUGAACUCGGUACAAAGAAGGAGCUCAAGUCCAUGCCAUUCAUCACCUACCUCUCGGGCCUGCUGACAGCGCAGAUGCUCUCGGACGACCAGCUGAUCUCAGGCGUGGAGAUCCACUGUGAAGAAAAGGGCCGCUGCCCCUCCACCUGCCACUUGUGUCGGCGCCCAGGCAAGGAGCAACUCAGCCCAUCCCCGGUGCUGCUGGAAAUUAACCGGGUGGUGCCCCUGUACACGCUGAUACCGGACAAUGACACGAAGGAGGCCUUCAGGGGAGCCCUGAUGAGCUCAUACUGGUGCUCAGGGAAAGGCGACGUUAUCGAGGAUUGGUGCAGAUGUGACCUCAAUGCCUUCGACGAGCAUGGACUCCCAAACUGCAGUCCUCUCCCGCAGCCUGUGUUGCGCUUAUCCCCCAGCGUAGAGCCCUCCAGCACCGUGGUCUCUCUGGAGUGGCUGGAUGUCCAGCCUGCGAUCGGGACAAAGGUCUCCGAUUACAUCCUUCAGCACAAGAAGGUCGAUGAGUACACGGACACUGACCUCUACACAGGAGAAUCCUUGAGCUUUGCUGAUGAUUUGCUCUCCGGACUCGGAACUUCCUGCGUGGCAGCUGGCAGGAGCCAUGGAGAGGUCCCAGAAACCAGCCUUUAUUCGGUCAUUUUCAAAUGCCUGGAACCAGAUGGCCUGUACAAAUUUACCCUCUAUGCCGUGGACAGCCGCGGGAGGCAUUCAGAGCUGAGCACCGUCACCCUGAGGACAGCCUGCCCGCUGGUGGAUGACAGCAAGGCAGAAGAGAUAGCUGACAAAAUCUACAACCUCUACAAUGGCUACACCAGUGGGAAGGAGCAACAGACUGCCUACAACACGCUGAUGGAGGUCUCCACGUCCAUGCUCUUCCGAGUCCAGCACCACUACAACUCGCACUACGAGAAGUUUGGAGACUUUGUCUGGCGCAGUGAGGAUGAGCUGGGGCCCAGGAAAGCUCACCUGAUCUUAAGGAGGCUGGAGAAAGUUAGCAGCCACUGUUCGACCCUGCUCCGCAGUGCCUAUAUCCAGAGCCGCACCGACACCAUGCCCUACCUGUUCUGCCGCAGCGAAGAGGUCCGGCCGGCCGGCAUGGUCUGGUACAACAUCCUAAAGGACACCAAAGUGACGUGCGAGGAGAAGAUGGUCUCCAUGCUGCGCAACACGUACGGGGAGUCCAAGGGGCGGUGAGGGACGAUGUUGGCCUGGAGCUGUGGAAAGGGAACUCCGAGGAGUCACAGAGUAGCUGGUGGGCUUAGGGGAAGGGUGACAUUCAGAUGGAGGGGACAGCGAGGCCAAACCGGACUGUUGGACACAGGCGGUGGAGAAACGAGAAAUCAGCCAGUUGGACUUUGAUUUCCCUUUUUAUUUUAUUUUUUAAAAUGAAAAUACCUAAUUCGACUCAGUAGCACCGUCUCUCCUUUUUAAUCUUUUCUUACCGAAUUUCCUGGACUACACACUCCAAAUCUGAGAAGAGGAGAAAUCCAAAAGGGCCAGGGCAGGGCACAGGAGAGCUAGCUGCACCCUCCUCUGCUAGCCUUGGAAGCGGAUGAGGUGGGGAAGGGGGGCCCGCUGCCUCAGUGCGUCAAGGAGCCAAGGCGAAGCGUCUCAGUUCUGGGAGGCAACACCGGGAGCUGGAGGCACCAUCCGGAAACCGAAGAUCAUGGAGAUUAACGCCAGCCAGGCAGGUGCAAAGACAUUGCAGGCAAACUGGGAAUUUUUUUAACGCUCCGAGUUUGCAGAACUGCUGCUUGCGGAGUCUUCGUUUGCAGGGCUCCUGACAGGUUGUUCUGUGCAUUAAAGAUUCAUAUGAAGUCCA